CACGGACAUCGCUGGGCAAUUUGCAAAGUGCUUUAUUUAGAUCAUUCUUGUAUGCUUUAACUUGACAUGUUGGGGAUGCUUUCUUUCUGCUCACUAUCUCUGCCUCUCUCUCUCUCUAGCUAUCUAGUGAAAAAUGGUGAGGCAGAAGAUUGAGAUAAAGAAGAUAUCAGACUUGAGUGCUCGGCAAGUGACAUUUUCCAAGAGGAGAAGAGGGCUUUUCAAGAAAGCUCAAGAACUCUCUACCCUCUGCGAUGCUGAGAUUGCCCUCAUCGUUUUCUCAGCCACCGGCAAGCUCUUUCACUAUUCUUCCUCAAGCAUGAUGCAAAUCAUUCGGAGGCAUAAUCGGCAAUCAGAGGACUCCAAAUUAGGGUAUCAUCCUUCCCUCCAAUUUCAGACAGGAAGUAGUGAUAGCCAUGACAUGCUCAGGAAGCAUCUCGCGGACAAAACCACUGAGUUGAGGCAGGUGAAGGGAGAAGAUCUGGAAGGGCUUAGCAUGGAUGAUUUGAUGAAACUAGAGAAACUGGUGGAGGGAGGUUUAAGCCGUGUUGCAAAAACUAAGGAUGACAAGUUUCUCAACCUGAUCAGCAUGCUCAAGACUAGGGAAUCGGAACUAGUGAAAGAAAAUACACAGUUAAAACAGCUAGCAGAGAAAUCGAGAGGCGGACUAGACAACGUUGUUCAUCACCAAGCAAAUAUUACCAACUCUCAUGGAUUAUUAGUCUAUUGUCCGGCUGCGGACAAAAACGACUCGGACAUUUCCCUCAAGCUGGGCCUGCCUUGUCCAAACUCUAACUGAGGAGAGGAGAUGAGACAGCACUGUCUACAUUUUUCUCUUGUAUUUACGUACUUGUUCUAGAAUUUCUACUGCAUGCUGGUCAUGAUAUUCAUCAUACUGUGUGGAUCUGUCUGAUUUAUUACCUUAGAAUUUAAUUAUGGGUCAUCCAUUGUAAUUAUUACAUAUAUAGAGAGAGAGAGUGGAACGAAACAAAUAAAGCUUAUGAUAUAUCAAUGUUCAAAUAAAUUGAUCAAUUGAAGAA